AAUUCAUAAUCGAAGAGUUUCUGGAUUCCCCUCAGCUUCUCUGUAAUCUUCAGCUCCAUCGAAAGCAACUAGGGUUUCGAUCUCCACUCGUUUUCAGGUGCGCCACCAACGCUAUCUCUCUCUCUCUCUCUCUCUAUAUAUAUAUAUAUAUAUAUCAUACAGACACAUAUAUAUGCAUUGUGUGUAUAGCAAUGGCUUUGGAGACCAAAGAAGAUGGUUUGAAGAAACUAGAGUACCUUUCAUUGGUCUCCAAGGUUUGUACAGAGCUCGAGUCCCACUUAGGGUUUGGGGACAAGGUUUUGGCCGAAUUCAUUACCGAGAUGGGAAGGAACUGCGAGACUGUUGAGGAAUUCGAUUCGAUGCUCAAGGAGAACGGUGCUGAAAUGCCUGAUUACUUCGUCCGCACUCUUUUAACUAUAAUUCACGCUAUUUUGCCUCCGAAAUCCAAGUCCAAAUCGGCCAAAGAUUCGAAGAAAGAUGGGUCUGAAGGUAUGAAAUCGAGUUUUCCGGGUCUUUCGAUUGAGGAUAGUAGAGCGAGAGUGAAGGAAUUGGAGAGAGAGAUUGAGAUUGAAACGAGGGAACAUCGAGGAGAUGGGGAAGAAGAAGAGAUUAGAAAACGUAGGGACAGAGACAGAGAAAGGGAUAGAGGUCAUAGAGAUAGGAGAGAGAGGCAUAGGGGGGAGAGAGAGAGAUAUGAUAGGAGUGGUAGAGGUGAACGGCACAAAGACGGGGAUGAAGAGGAUAGAGUUAGGGGAAGGCAUAGGGAUAGACAUGAAAGGCAUAGGAGAGAUGGGUAUGAAGAAGAUGGGGAUAACAGGGAGGUUGAUGAUGAUAGGAGGGACCGAAGAGAUGGUGGGUAUUACUCCAAUGAGCCUGAAUUGUAUCAGGUUUAUAAGGGAAGAGUGUCAAGAGUGAUGGAUACAGGUUGCUUUGUUCAGCUCAAUGAUUUUAGGGGCAAAGAGGGCCUGGUCCAUGUUUCGCAGAUGGCGAAUCGAAGGAUUGGUAACGCUAAGGAUGUUGUAAAACGGGAUCAGGAGGUUUAUGUGAAAGUGAUAUCAAUGUCGGGACAAAAGUUGAGUCUUUCAAUGCGGGAUGUUGAUCAGGAUACUGGUAAAGAUCUGCUUCCAUUGAAGAAGAGCUCAGAUAAUGACCCUUUUCGGACUAACCCUUCUGGAUCAAACAAUGGGGGGCCUAUGACUAGGACUGGUCUUUCAGGGAUUAGAAUUACUGAAGAGGAUGAUACUGUCCCAUCACGGCGACCAUUGAAGAGAAUGAGUUCACCGGAGAAAUGGGAAGCUAAGCAGCUGAUCGCUGCAGGUGUUCUGGAUGCUAGGGAGAAUCCCAUGUAUAAUGAAGAUGGAGAUGGGUUGCUCUAUCAAGAAGAGGGUGCUGAGGAAGAGCUUGAAAUUGAGCUAAAUGAAGAUGAACCAGCCUUCUUGCAAGGACAGAGCCGAUACUCUAUGGAUAUGUCACCUGUUAAGAUUUUUAAGAAUCCAGAAGGGUCAUUGAGUCGUGCAGCAGCCCUUCAAUCUGCUCUCAUAAAGGAGCGGAGAGAAGUAAGGGAACAGCAGCAGAGAACAAUGCUCGACUCUAUCCCAAAAGAUCUUAAUCGUCCGUGGGAAGACCCAAUGCCAGAAACAGGUGAGAGGCAUCUUGCACAAGAGCUUAGGGGGGUUGGUUUAUCAGCCUAUGACAUGCCUGAGUGGAAAAAGGAUGCUUUCGGGAAAGCCCUGACUUUUGGGCAGAGAUCAAAGCUCUCCAUCCAGGAGCAGAGGCGGAGCUUGCCUAUUUUCAAAUUGAAGAAUGAAUUGAUUCAGGCUGUUCAUGACAAUCAGGUUCUGGUGGUGAUUGGUGAGACCGGUUCAGGCAAGACAACACAGGUGACUCAGUAUCUAGCUGAAGCAGGGUACACGACCAAGGGCAAGAUUGGCUGUACUCAGCCCCGUCGAGUGGCUGCAAUGUCAGUGGCCAAGAGGGUUGCUGAAGAGUUUGGCUGCCGAUUAGGAGAGGAAGUUGGGUACACCAUUCGUUUUGAGAAUUGUACUGGACCUGAUACAGUAAUCAAGUAUAUGACCGAUGGUAUGCUUCUGAUAGAGAUUUUGAUUGAUGAGAAUUUAUCUCAGUAUUCAAUUAUAAUGCUUGAUGAAGCUCAUGAGAGGACAAUCCACACUGAUGUCCUUUUUGGACUGUUGAAACAGCUUGUAAAGAGGAGACCUGACCUUCGAUUGAUUGUCACAUCUGCCACAUUAGAUGCAGAGAAAUUUUCGGGUUAUUUCUUUAACUGCAAUAUCUUUACAAUUCCUGGAAGGACUUAUCCGGUGGAGAUACUCUACACCAAGCAGCCAGAAAGUGACUACCUAGAUGCAUCUCUAAUCACUGUUCUACAGAUCCACUUGACAGAACCUGAGGGUGAUAUCCUCCUCUUCUUGACUGGUCAAGAGGAGAUUGAUCACGCGUGCCAAUGCCUUUAUGAGAGGAUGAAAGGUUUAGGGAAAAAUGUUCCCGAAUUAAUUAUUUUACCAGUCUAUAGUGCACUUCCGAGUGAAAUGCAAUCCAGGAUCUUUGACCCUGCUCCUCCAGGGAAGAGGAAAGUGGUUGUAGCAACCAAUAUCGCAGAAGCAUCCUUGACCAUUGACGGAAUAUAUUAUGUGAUCGACCCUGGGUUUGCUAAGCAAAAUGUUUACAAUCCUAAACAAGGGCUUGAUUCACUUGUCAUAACACCGAUUUCACAAGCAUCAGCUAAGCAACGAGCUGGGCGUGCUGGACGAACUGGACCAGGAAAAUGUUACCGCCUUUACACCGAAAGCGCAUUUCAUAACGAAAUGUCGCCCACCUCAAUUCCAGAAAUCCAAAGGAUAAAUCUUGGAAUGACUACACUUACUAUGAAAGCUAUGGGAAUAAAUGAUCUCCUAUCUUUUGAUUUCAUGGACCCACCUUCUCCUCAAGCUCUCAUUUCUGCCAUGGAACAGUUGUACAGUCUAGGAGCUCUGGAUGAGGAGGGGCUUCUGACCAAAUUGGGUAGGAAAAUGGCAGAAUUUCCACUGGAUCCACCGUUGUCUAAGAUGCUACUUGCCAGUGUAGAUCUUGGAUGUAGUGAUGAGAUUUUAACCAUUAUUGCAAUGAUUCAGACUGGAAACAUCUUCUACAGGCCCAGGGAGAAGCAAGCCCAAGCUGAUCAAAAAAGAGCCAAGUUUUUCCAGCCUGAGGGAGACCAUCUGACUUUACUUGCUGUUUAUGAGGCUUGGAAGGCCAAGAAUUUUUCGGGUCCAUGGUGUUUUGAGAACUUUGUUCAGUCCCGAUCUUUGAGGAGAGCACAGGAUGUCCGGAAACAGCUUCUCACUAUUAUGGACAAGUAUAAAUUGGACGUUGUUAGUGCUGGGAAAAAUUUCACCAAGAUUAGGAAAGCCAUCACAGCUGGGUUUUUCUUUCACGCAGCAAGAAAGGAUCCACAAGAGGGUUACAGAACACUGGUCGAAAACCAGCCCGUUUACAUACAUCCGAGCAGUUCUCUUUUUCAGAGACAGCCAGACUGGGUCAUCUACCACGAGCUGGUAAUGACAACAAAGGAGUACAUGCGAGAGGUCACAGUUGUCGACCCUAAAUGGCUUGUGGAACUAGCACCGAGAUUCUUCAAAGUAGCAGACCCCACAAAAAUGAGCAAGCGCAAGCGUCAAGAACGCGUUGAACCGCUUUAUGAUAGAUACCAUGAACCCAAUUCUUGGCGUUUGAGUAAAAGGCGGGCUUGAUUUUUGCUUCAUUUGUCAUUACUUUGGGUUGAUUCCAGACUUGAACUUUGAUUCAUUGGUGAGGCGAUUUUUUGACACUUGAAAAUGGGAUCCUUUCAACACAAAGAUGUUUAUUUUUUAUAGAAUGGUGUUGUAUUAGUGAUGGGGUUGAUUAAGCAUAGGACAGAUUGAGGUUUAAUGAUGUAAAUCUUGGACUUUGUUGAAUGAGAUGCACUAAAAGCUUUUUGUACUACAACCCUUUUGAUGCCUUGUUGGUAAUUUUAUGAGGGUGAAUUUCUUUUAUUUAUCUAAUUAAUGGAGAUUUCUUGUACUUUGUUUA